AUGGUCUCCCACCUCGUCUCUACCUUCGUUCUCUACUGUCGAGGCGCCAUAAGUUGCAUAUUAACGAAGUCUGACGUGCAAAAGGGCGUGUAUGAGGGUGGAUUCAAGCUCUGGGAAUGUGCAAUUGACCUUGUUCAAUUUGUAGAGUCACAAUUACGUGAAGGAAAGAUUGUGAUACCGCAUUCCGUGUUAGAAUUGGGUUGCGGCCACGGUUUGCCAGGCAUUCACGCUCUUCAACGUGGUGCACAACGUGUGGUGUUCAGCGAUUACAACAAGGAAGUACUCGAGCUCACAACAUGCCCCAAUGUAUCUAAAAACAUUUCUGAAUAUUACUCAAAGGCCGAGUUUUACGCUGGAGCAUGGUCUAGCAUGUCUAACUACAUGAAGUAUAUAGAGAAACAGAGUGAUGAUCAGAUGCAAUUUGGUCUUAUCUUGACUGCCGAGACAAUUUACACAGAAGAAGUCGCGAUAGAACUUUACGAGACAAUUAAAAGACACUUACGUCGUAGUAAAGAUGCUCGAGCAUUAGUCGCCGCUAAAAAAUAUUAUUUUGGCACAAAUGGCAGUGUGCAGCAUUUUGUAAACCUUGUCAAGGCUGAUAAUGUGUUGAAAGCAGAGAUUGAAGUGGACGUAGGUGGGUGUUUCACACUUAACUUGAAAGCCAUUCUUAAGAGGAUGGAAGGGCCACCUGUGGGUUGCAUCGCGUUGACUGGUGCUGGCUAUGAUCUUAACAAAACGCAAUCGAAUCGCUUAACUCGAUCGUUUACGAAAAUCUCACGUUCGCGUUCUUCUAAAGAUCGUAAUUUACCCAUUAAAGUUCCAAGUGUUGAUGCAUUGCUUCAAGACUUACGUAAAGCUCUUCAUGCCAUGUAUCAAACGACAAAUUCAAUUUCAAACGCUUAUGAAUACAAUUCCCGUCAAGCUUUUCAAUUUUUUACGACAACAAAUACUAUCACACAAGAAUGUUUUCUACAUAAAGUUGUACGACUUGGACUCCAAGCAACUCCACGCUUAUGUAAUGAGCUUUUUAGACGUAUUGAUCAAAAAGACUUGGGAGAAAUUGAUUAUGCUACGUUUGCACAUCGAAUUUUCUUACCAGAAACAUUUUAUUCACCCGAGAAGCCGUCGAGUCCUGUGAUUGAGUCUUUGAAUAAUUUCAAUCCAACUCCCAAUCAUUCACCUCGAUCACUUGUUUUAAAAGAUUCUAACGCUGAAAAUGUGUCAUCAAAACUCACACGUCAUGAAUACAUGACUUUAGAUGAACUUCAGGUGUGUAUUGCUCGCAAACUUGAAGAGAAAAUGCCUCGAGGAAGUUCCGAUUUUAUCGUUCGAGCUUUUCAAUUCUUUACAAAUGUCGAGACAAUAACAUUCGUCGAAUUUCAUCGUCACUUGGAUUUAUUGCAGAUUCGAAUAACGCCAUCAAAAUGUCGUGAACUUUUUCUUCGGUUUGACAAAGAUGGAGAUGGUGUGAUCGAUACGUUGGAGUUUGUUACGACACUUUUUCCAAAAGACUAUCGAUCUUUAACUUAUCCAAAUAAUGCCAAAUUGUCUGAUAAUGAGCUUUCCAUGUCGACGAAGCAAAUUGUAGGGAAAGUACGAGAAAAAAUGGACGAGUUGUUAGAGGAAACGGACAAAUUCCAGCAAGCUUAUAUUCUUUUUGGCAAGACAGCAGAUAUAUCACGUAGUGACUUGAAUACUGCAAUGAGAAAGCUUGGAUUAAAGCUAUCAGAAAAGCAGGUGCAAGACAUGUUUGCGACUUUUGACUUUGACAAAACUGGUGAUCUUGACGUCAGUAAAUUUGUACAAGGUGUCAUGCUUGAUGACAAUUCAACGUCCUUUUGGUUAUCGGUCAAAGAUCGGCAGAAAGUUGAUAAUACGCGUCGCAAAUUGUACUCAAUGGCCGUGGCAUCUGUGCAACAAUCGUGGACAAUUGCUGAUAUUGAGCGCAUGUUGCGUGAGAAAAUUGAACAGCACACGUCGCGAUCUUCAGACUGUUUUCGACAGGCUUUUCGCAUUUUUAAAAAAGUCAAUGGAAUCAAACCAGACGAGUUUCAUGCAGCAUUAGAAGCAAUUGGAUUGGCAUUGACACGACUUCAAUCUGAUAUUUUGUUUUGUCGCUGCAGAUGA